AUGGAGGAUCUCCUUGCGGACUCGUCCGUCCACGCCUGUAUCCGCAGCACACUCGACUCAGAAGCCGACAUCGAGCUCGAUGCAAAGAUGGGCUUCACCAUCGUUCCCGGCGCUGUAUCUGCCCUCGACGUGGAGGUUCUCGACCCGGCCUUUGCGCCGGGCACUGCCGGUCCUGCCUCUGGCGGCUGGACGCCUCGUGAAAUCAUCCAGCUUAUCAUCGAGGCUCUCCCCGGCCUCAAUGUUGUAGCCGCAGAUGUCGUCGAGGUUCUCCCGGCCCUGGACCAAGCCGAGAUCACCGGUAUUACCGCGGCCGAGAUGAGUUUCGUGAUUAGCUCGGCUAUUGUGAAGCAUCCGAUAGGCGACAAAUAG